AUGUUCACUCGAACCCUGAGGAAUGUUCUUCGGGGAAACCCCCUGGCAACCGUGGCAAAUAGGGUUGCUAAGUCACCAUACCGGGAAGCAACCACGCGCUGGGCCGUUGCCGGCGGUUCCAAUGCCGCAUGCGAGGCUCGGUACGAAGUUGAGGGGCUUCGGACUUCCGGAACCGGUAAUCCGUGGAGAUCGUGA